AUGUCUGGCUACAGAGCCAAAGAGUCCAUUGCCGCUGUUGGUAUUAGCUGUCGGUUUGCAGGCGCCACUUCCCUUUCCGAGCUGGAGAGGAAUCUUUGCAACGCUCCCGAGCUGUCCUCACCAAUCUCAGAUAAUUACUUCAAUGCAGAUGGGUUCUACCAACCGGAUGCAAAACACCAUGGCAGCACCAACGUCUGCAACUCCUACUUCUUGGACGGAAACAUCCGUCAUUUUGACAACGGGUUCUUCAACACCACGGCCCUUGAAGCGGCCGCCAUGGACCCUCAGCAGCGUCUGUUGCUCGAGACGGUCUACGAAACCUUAAAAAAUUCCGGUACCCCCGUUCAAAGGCUCAAAGGCUCAGACACUGCGGUGUACGUGGGCCUCAUGUGCGGAGACUAUGAGAACAUCUUAAUGCGGGAUAUAGACUCGGCUCCUAAGUACCAGGCAGUCCAGGCUCUCCGGUCAGGCGAGACACAGCUAGCCAUUGUCGGCGGGUCAAACGUAUCCCACGGCACCGGCACACCGACCGGCGACCCGGUCGAGGCGAAGGCGAUUCAUGCCGUGUUUGGCUCGGCGGAUUCCGAACUCGACCCUGACAGGACACCAACGCCGCUCUACGUCGGUUCUGUCAAGACCGUCAUUGGCCACACGGAAGGCACAGCAGGGUUGGCGGGCGUGACCAAAGCUACCCUCGCCUUUCAGAGUGGUCGUGUGUUUCCCAACAAGCAGUUCCGCAUGCCUCAACCCUCGCAUCAAGCCAUUUUACAAAGGAUUAGAAAUCCCAACGUCACUGCUAUGGCCGGAGCUGGCACAUGGCCAGCCCCCGUCGUGCGUCGCUCACUUGGCUUCUUCCGCACCGCCUUUUGGGAAAUCCCCGAUCUCCGCGUUCGCUCCAUUGACUUUGUCGACGGCAGCGCGCCCGACGCCUCUGUCAUCGCCGAGUCUCUUCUCGAGCUCGAGACGGCCGAGAAGGUCUUGGCCAGCAGCCGGGUUGAGCCUGAGCCUGAGCCUGAGCCUGAGCCUCCCCUCUGGUCCGACGAACGCGAGGUGCGAUACUGUCAUGGGCGAUUCGAGAUCCCCCGCCUGGUGGCCAAUGUUUCGCUCGACAACAAGUACAAUGCGAGCCGCAGGGCAGUCUACGAGAAGCGCGGCCUUACGAACGUUCGUCUCUCGCCCCGGGCUUGGCUUGAAGAGCGGACCGCUGUGUCUAGAUCCAGCCUCGCGCAGCGCGAGGUGUUGAGGAUUCAGGUUGCCUUCUCCACGGCGUUUCCAAUCCCGGUCGUCCGAGAUGGGCUAGUCGAAGCAUACCUCGUUAUUGGUAGGGCCGGCAAGAAGAGGCGGCAGGUCCUGGCUUUGUCAAGCGAUUGCGCUAAAACGGUCGAUGUCUCGGCCUGCUCGGUAAUCGAUAUCGAGAAAGCAAACAAAAAUGGAUUGAAAAAAAAAAAAAAAAUGCACCGUGUCGCCGGCACCAGCGUCAAAGUCCUUUCGGCCGACGUGGCAAGCGAGAGCAGUCUCCUGCAGGCCUACAAGGACAUUAGAAGCAGCAUGCCAGCGAUAGCCGGCUUUCCAGGGCGGUUGAGGCCGUUUCAAGCCGCCACGAAGCAAGUCGUCUUUGCCGGUCCUAAUCUGGUCCUCGAGGCAGUCUCAAUCCCCUCGGAACAAGUCCCAUCCGCGAUGGAGCGUCUUGCCGGGUACAAUUACCAGCUUGACAAGGGCAAAAGUUUCCGGAUCAUCUUGGCCCCGCAAUCGUCGACGGAGCAUCACCUCAUGUUUGGCUUCUACCAUAUGAACAUGGAUGGCAUCAGUCUUCAAGUCCUCAUUUCAGAGGUUGACCGCUGCUACGGAGGAGAGCUCUUGACUUCAUCCCCGCUGCAAUACCUGGACUUUUGCCAACGGCAGCGUGACGCGCUGCAGAACGGGGAUUGGGGAGAAGACUUGAGGUUUUGGGAGAAGACAUUGGCACAAACUCCCGUGGAGCUGCCAGAGGCGAAGGAAAACCUCUCGCUGGGCGAUUGCGAGCUCGAGGUCUGCUGUUAUCAAGGGUCAAAGGCUGCAUACGAUAUCAGCCUGGACAUGAUCGACUCUGGGGAUCUCCUCACCGCCGUCAGGCUGGCUGUGCAAGACAGUCUCUACUCCAAAAAGGACGUCGAGCUUCUUCUCUCGAGCUUCUUCAACCUCGUGGAAUCCUUGGCGUCAAGUGCAGGGCAGGGCAUCCCACUCGACAGGGUAUCCAUCUUCGGAGCCGAUGCUUCGAGCGAAGCACUGCAGCUGGGACGGGGGCAGUCACGGCUGCUGGAGGUGUGGCUAGAGGUGCUCCCGACCCCCGCCAACACCCAUGUCCACAGAGGCUCCGACUUUUUCCAUUCUGGAGGGAACUCGCUCCUGCUUGUGGUGCUGCAGCAAAAGAUCCAACAGACCUUUGCGGUCAGCCUGCCGCUGGUGUCCAUGUUCGACUCGAGCACCCUGGAGGACAUGUCCCGGUUGAUCGACAACAAGUCCGCCGACCAUGUCCAGCUCGACUGGGACAGCGAGACCAGUCCAGCUCUACACUUUGGCGCCGAGCUCGCCCGGGCCGAGACGUCCGCCGGCCCGAUGCUCUCGGCCCCUUCCUCUCGUCGAGCAAGGUCCGGAUACACACGGGCGACCUGGCAGCGGCCCGAUGCUCUCGGCCCCUUCCUCUCGUCGAGCAAGGUCCGGAUACACACGGGCGACCUGGCAGCGGCCCGUCUGGGCCUGUCUCCGCAGACGGCACGCAGCAUUUUCUCGGAGGCGCACGCCGUCGUGCACAGCGGCGCCGACGUGUUGCACAUGAAGUCCUACUCCACCAUCAGGGAGGCCAACUUGGGCUCCACGGUGCAGCUCGUGCGCAUGUGCGUCGGCCAGGGGCGGCUCGUGCCGUUGCAUUUCGUCUCCACGGUCAGCGUGUCGCUCUACUCGGGCCUGGACGCCUUUGGCGGGACCUCCACCGCGGCGUUCCCGCCAUCAAGUGACGGUUCGGACGGCUACACGGCGUCCAAAUGGGCGAGCGAGCGCUUCCUGGAGAGGUUAAUUCCCGCCUGA